CUCACUCCUCACUUACAAAAGGCCUUCACACACAGAUCCCACACCAAAAAACUCCUAUAUUUUCUCACCCCAUUUUCUUGCUUCACAAACAAAGCCCCCCAUUACCAAUCAUGCGUUUGAGUUGUAACGGCUGUCGAAUCCUUCGCAAAGGCUGCAGCGAUAGCUGCACCAUUAGACCCUGCCUUCAAUGGAUCAAAACCCCUGAAUCCCAAGCCAACGCCACUUUUUUCUUAGCCAAGUUCUAUGGUCGAGCCGGCCUCAUCAAUCUCAUCAAUGCCGGCCCCGAACAUCUUCGUCCAGCAAUAUUCAAGUCUUUGCUAUAUGAAGCUUGUGGGAGAAUAGUCAACCCGAUUUACGGUUCAACCGGGUUGCUAUGGUCCGGGAGCUGGCAGCUCUGCCAAGCCGCCGUCGAAGCCGUUCUUAAAGGCUUGCCCAUCACGCAAGUCUCUUCGGAGUCGGCUUUCAAAGCCUGCGAUAUACGCCACGUGUCCAAGGAGGAGAUACAGAGACCGUCCGAUCAGCUUCACAAGGUUAAGUCUCGGAGGAGCCGGUUCAAGAAGAGCUCGGCUGCUGCGAAGCACAUGCCGAAGGUGGAGUCUGUGAGUGACGAGUUGGCUGGUGUCACGUGGAACGAGUUAGGUGGGCCGGUGAAGAAGAUGAGUCGUGAUGAUGAGUUGGGGACGAGUGAGAAUCGGAGUUGUGGAGGAGGAGCUGAGGCUGAGACUGACUGUGUUUCGGCUGAGACUGUGGAGGCUUCGCUGGCUAAGUCUGAGGAACGAGCCGAUGGUAGUGACGUGGAGUUGGAUUUGGAUCUCAGUUUGGGCCUUGGGAAUUGGGAUAGGGAGACGUGUAAGGUGGAUGUGGCCUUGUUCUACCCGCUUGAUUAGCAAAGAGCGGCUCAGUCCAUGUAUAAAAAAGUGAUUUUUUUUUUUUUUAGAGAGAGUAUAAAAAAGUGAGAUUGGUAGCAUAGAUGAAGUCUUUUUUUUUUUUUUUUUUUUUUUUUUGGGGUAAUUUACGUUUCUUGGGACUUCAUGGCUGAAAUUGUAUAUUAUAGGCAAGAGAUGUUUGUAGACAAGAGA